AUGAUCCAAGAACUGCUCGGCGGGGCCGCCAUGCACCAGCUCAAGAGCGUGAACGACGUGAACCCGGCGUCUCUGCCCCUGCUGCUGCAUCCCGUCGUCUCCAACCCAUCGCCCACGUCGUCCUCCUCGACGUCGUCGCGCUCGUCUGCGCAGCAGCAGCAGCAGAGGUCGACGUCGGCAACGUCGUCGCCGCAGGGGCAGCAGCAGGGGCAGGGGCAAGGGCAAGGUGCGGAGCAGACGCCUCUGCGGUGCCCCCGGUGUAACUCCUCCAACACCAAGUUCUGCUACUACAACAACUACAACCUCACCCAGCCGCGCCACUUCUGCAAGACGUGCCGCCGGUACUGGACCAAGGGCGGCGCGCUCCGCAACGUCCCCAUCGGCGGCGGCUGCCGCAAGCCGCGCCCCAUGCCUACGCCCGUCGCGAAGCCGGCGAUCUCCUCCUGCAAAGCCGUGGGCGGCGCGCCGUCGCUGGGCCUCGGCGUUGGCUUGGGCAUGGGCAUGGGCAUGGGCGCCGGCCCCGGGCCCUGGGCGUCCUCGCAGCAGGCGGCCGCCGCGCAGCUCAUGGCGCUGCUCAACAGCGCCAGGGGCGUGCAGGGCGGCGGCGGCCACGGCGGAGGCAACAUGCACAGGCUCCUCGGCCUCGAUGCCAUGGCACACUUUCCCCUCCACGUCCUGCCGGGCGCCGGCAAUAAUGCCAGUGGCACGGUGCCGUCGUUGUGGCCGCAGUCCGCGCCGCGUGCCAUCCCUACGCCGCCGCACAUGGACUCCCAGCUCGGCAUGGGGCCGCCGCUGGGCCAGCACGACGUGCUGUCAAGCCUCGGGCUAAAGCUGCCCCUGCCUUCGUCGUCGCCGGCGGCUGCAAGCUACUACAGCGACCAGCUGCACGCGGUGGUGAGCAGCGCCUCCCGACGCGGCGGACACGAGUACGAAGCAGCCUCCGGCGUCACGUCCCUGCCCUGCACCACGGCGCUGACCUCCCUCCCGCCGGCCGCGUCGAGCGUCUCGGCUGCGCUGACCAGCUGCGCCACGGUCGGGCUAGACCUCCCGCCGGUGUCCAUCCCCGCGUCCGAGAUGCAGUACUGGGCCGCCGGGCCGGCGGCGAUGUCCGUGGCGUGGCCGGACUUGCCCACCCCCAACGGCGCGUUCCCAUGA